AUGGGCAGGGCAGUGUGUCUGCAGCAUUAUCUCCCGCCUGUGAAGUUCCUGGAUGAAGUGAGACAGCGGCCUCAGGUCGAGCUCUCCUUUGAGGAGGAUGAGCGGAGAGCUUUGCUUCUGAAGAAGUGGUCCUUGUACAAGCAGCGAGAGCAUGAGAUGGAGAGGGAAGCCAUCAACUCCAUGCUUGAGGCCCAGCAGGAAGCUCUGCAGGAGCUGAAACUCACGUCCCAGGAGCUCCAUAUGGAGGCCAUCAAGCGGGACCCCAGUCUGUUCCCCUUUGAGAGAGAAGGGCCAACGUAUACACCACCAAUCUCCAACUACCAGCCCCCUGAAGGCAGGUACCACGACAUCACCAAGGUGUACACACAAGUGGAAUUCAAGAGGUAGAGCUGCAGGCAGCCGUCUGAACAAUCUGCCUGCCCUUCAGAGCCAGAAUGACAAGGGUUCAAGUCUGCUUGUCACAGUAUUAGGCAUGCUGAGAAUAAAUGUAAAUGUAAUAAAAAAAAAAA